AUGACUUCUGUCCUCCAGGAGUUCGCAUUCUACUCUUUUGCAGCAAUGCUUGUGAUACCUUGGCUCUUCUGCGUCUAUCGACUGGUUGUUGUGCCUCUUGGACGGCAAAAGCGGGUCAAGUAUCCCCUCAAUGAGCUGACCGCCCCGAAAGUAGUUGUGGUUAUGCCUGUUUACAAGGAGCCUCCGGACUCCCUGUGGACAGCCUUGAAUUCCGUCGUUAGCUGCGAUUACCCUGCUGCCUGCAUCCACGUAUUUGUCUCUUUCGACGGAGAUGACAUUGAUGAGCUUUACCUGAAGACAAUCGAUCGCCUCGGCGUACCCGUUACAUUGAAGGACUUUCCAAGAUCGAUCGACGUGGCGUACAAUGGAGCACGAGUCACCGUGUCGAGAUUUCCCCAUGGAGGCAAGCGACAUUGCCAGAAGGCUACUUUUCUCCUCAUCGACAAGAUCUACAAACGCUAUCUCCAGGAGAAAGACGACCUGUUCAUCUUGUUCAUCGACUCUGACUGCAUCCUGGAUCCCGUGUGCAUCCAAAACUUUAUGUACGACAUGGAACUGAGGCCUGGCAGCAAACACAACAUGCUGGCGAUGACUGGUAUUAUCACAUCUUCCACGAAGAAGCACUCCUUCAUCACCUUGUUGCAGGAUAUGGAGUACGUUCACGGCCAGCUGUUCGAAAGAUCAGUUGAAUCAGGCUGUGGAGCCGUCACAUGCCUGCCAGGGGCGUUGACUCUGCUUCGGUUUUCCGCAUUUCGAAACAUGGCACGAUUCUAUUUCUCCGACAAGGCGGAAGAAUGCGAGGAUCUCUUUGAUUACGCAAAAACACAUCUGGGCGAAGACCGAUGGCUAACACACUUGUUCAUGCUCGGAGCCAAACAUCGGUAUCAGAUCCAGCUGAGUACCAGUGCCUUUUGCAAGACCGAAGCGGUGCAAACAUUUCGGUCCCUGCUCAAGCAACGGCGUCGGUGGUUUCUAGGCUUCAUCACCAACGAGGUUUGCAUGUUGACGGAUGGCCGGCUGUGGAGAAAGUAUCCCAUGCUCUGCUUUCUUCGGUUUACCACCAUCAGCAUCCGGACGACGGCGCUCCUCCUCUUGAUUACCAUUAUUGCGAUAUCAAGCACCUCAACGCGGGUGGGUUCAUUGCCCUGGGAGUUCAUGUGCAUCUCCUGCGGCUUGAACUGGUUGCUCAUGUUUUACUUUGCGAUCAGGCUGCACCGCUGGAAGGCUGCUCUGUAUCCGAUGAUGUUUCUGCUCAAUCCCUUCUUGAACUGGGUCUACAUGGUGUAUGGCGUCUUCACGGCUGGGCAGAGAACUUGGGGCGGACCCAGGGCGGAUGCAGGAGCAGCAGAUGCAAAGGUGACACCACAGCAGGCAAUUGAACAUGCCAUGGCCACCGGCGACGAUUUGAACAUUGUUCCAGAAACAUUUAAGCCCGCCAUGGAAAUCCGCCGACGCCGUACCCGACCUUCCGCUCUUCAACCAUCGUGCAGUGUCGAGGGUCGAUUCUUUUCCGCAGAACAAGAGCCGAGCCAGUUGCCGGACAACGAGAUAACCUCGCCAACCCCGUCGCGUCUCAAUUUUAGCUCGCAUCAACAUCGAUAUGAGCAUGGAUCUCUCGAUAUGAGCGAUUCAGAUAGUUUGUCGGUACAUACACCCAAGUUCAUCAACAACUUCAGCGAAGAAGAUGAGAAAGAAAGCCGUCAAAGUCGAGCAGUUGACAUGGAACCACGACCGAAAAGCAUGGCCACAGCCCCUCAGCGAUGCAUGGAAGAGAGACACUCCGCAACACGCAACACAGUGGCUGUUAUUCCAGCCAUGCAGGGCCAUAAAGAUAUGUACACACAGGCAGAAUCGGGUGAUACCCGGCAGGGAGCGACGAGGAACCAUCACGUUGACAACCGAAGUCCCCUGGGACGAAAUAGUCCAUUGAUGGCUCUUGCUGCGGAGGAUGAUCUCCCUGUACAAGACGAGGCAGAGAGUGGGGAUAAGGAGGAUAUCAGAAAGGCCAAUAGAAUGUCAUUGAAGAAGCAGCGGUUGCGGAAGAGAAGUCGGAGCCCAGGCAGAAUGGUAUAA